ACGGGAGAAUACGCUUCCCCGAGGGACGCGCCAAGAUGGCGGCCAAAGGGCCGCUGCUGACCUGUGUUUCAGAAUAGUUUGACACUGUCCAGACCUCGUACGCUGAAGGGGCUAUGUUAAAAAAACCCACAACAACAACCACCAAAAAACUCCAAACAACAGAAGGGCCAUUUCACCAAAAAAUGGCAGUGAAGUAUUUUUCUCACGUGAAAUUUAUGAAAAAUAUUCAUUGGCUCCGAGCCUCUCUGAACUAUGGCAUUUGUCAAAUAGGAGGCUGAUGGUACGGUCCACUGAAAUCCUCUUUAUCUUUUGGAAGUAGCCAACAGUGUUUACAUAAAUCCAGUGAUGUUCUGCGUGCAGUGGAGAUGGCAAUUAAUUCCUCAAGUAACGAAGAAACUCGAGCAUGUUAGCUGAAGGAUGGCAAAUGAAAUUAUAGAAGCAAAGAAAAAUGUGGAGACAUUGGCAGACUCUUCAGGAAACAGACAGAUCUGUAGCCUAGAGACUGCAGAUCCAGUUGAGGUGGAGGCCAGAAGCACAGCUGACAAUCCUUUCCCAGAACCCAGAGUCCCCUAUCCAUUUACCUCUUGUUUGACUGAGAAGGAGCAGAAAACAUACUUAUACUUGAUGACUAAAUUCUCAAAAACACUAAACCAUUUCCAAGUUAAUGCAGCAAGUCAAAGAGAAUGGUUCACAUAUCUGCAAAUGAAAGAAGUAGUAAAUAGUGAAAUUGCAGAAUUUAUUAAAUUUGCCCAGAAUGCUGCAAAAAGCUGUGCCCAAGAUUAUGAUGUCAUCUCUGAAGAUGCACUACGUUAUACUGAGGAAUUAUUACGUGCCUGUAUUGGACAUGUGCAAAAGUAUCCUGAAUUUUACACACUCCAGGAGAUCAUGAGUAUCAUGGGAGGAAAGUUUCAUACACAGUUGACCUUUAGGCUGGAAAAAAGUCUUCUUGCAAUGGGUACUGCAAGACGUGGUAAAACAGAUUUCCUUACUAUGCCAGUUCAACUGUCCACAGAUUAUAAAACUAUUACAUCUAUUAUAACUCCAGAAGAAAAGGCUUCUGUUAUGCACAAUGAUAUAAGUUCAGAUUCAAAUGCAGAAAAACUUGCUUUGAAAUACUGUCCUCAAGUUGUUUUAAGUAAUCAGUCAUUAUUUACUUUAUUGAAUAAUCAUGGACUAAACUACAAGGAGCAAUGGGAAAUUCCAGUUUGUGUUAAAAUGAUCCCUGUUGCAGGCAGCAAACCAGCUAAAGUGGUUUACGUUGAUUCACCGCUACUGAGAAAGGAAAUGACAAUAAGAGAGAGGAACCAAAUUUUCCAUGAAAUUCCAAUGGACUUCCUAGCAACUAAAACAUCUUAUGUUUCAGUUUCUGAUGUAUUGAUGGAUAAACCAGCUGAAGACAGUCUGUUUCAGUGGGAUCUGUCUUCUGAUACCUACCAGUACAGGAAGACUCCUCUUCCAGAUGACACAGGGAUGGAUUUUGAUGAUGAUGUUACAGAACUGGAAACUUUUGGAGCAACUGCCAAGCUUGCAGGAACUUCCAAAAUGGAAAGUGCUUUUCCUACAGUUAGUAACUCUGCUAAAGUUUUAUCACAUAGCCUAAAAAUGGGGAAAAAGAAUACAUCCACUGUAAACAAUGGAGAUGAAGAAGGUAAAACCACUAUUUCUGAGCAAGGAGUUUCAGCAUGUACUGGCAUGCAGCUUCCAUCAUUAGAUGGCAUUCCAUGCUUCAACUCUGAAGAAAAUUCAACACACAAAAUAUUUAAUUCAGAGGAGGUAGGACUGAACAAAGCACAGCAAGUCAUGGCCAAAGCAGCAUUGGACAAUGAAACAAAAUUACAUACUCCAUCUAAUGCUGUUAGUUACAAGAUAGAGUCUGAUACUGCACAAAAAAAUGAAACUUACACUUCUUUGUGCAGUAGUGACACAGAUGAGGAGCGUUUGAUAAUUGAUACAGAAUAUAAAAACACUCAUUGUUGCAAAAUACCUGUUCUAAACACCAUUUCUCAGGGCUCAGUGGAGACUGCCAAAUCACCUUCCCCCACCCACAUUCCAUUAGCAAGCAUGACUGAUUGCUCAGAUAUCAUGGAUCGGGGAAGAAGUGCCUCUGGAAAGCCUACAAGAAAGUUGUCCAAAGACCUUGAUCCUGUUGGACAGAUUUUGAAAAUGCAAACUGAACUUCUUAACUCACCUUCCCAAAAAUCUCAUGAGCAGCCAGUAGUGAGCUAUGAUCAUUCUAAUGCUACACCAGCCAGUGUAACUCAAUCUCCAAAAUCCUUGGUGACCUCCAGCACAGAAACUCUGCCACCUCCUGCUUCCAAUCCCAACGGCUCCUCUAGAAAUACCUGGACUUGGCUUUUUCAGGGAGUGCCAGAGAGAAAGCUGGCAAAUGAGCUUCAGAUGCUUGAAGAAGACCCUUUGGAUUAUAAAGCACCUCAGGACGGCAACCUUGUGUAUAAGCUCUUCAGUUUGAAUGAUCUGUUGUUACUUGUGCGUUGCAGUGUGCAAAAAGUGAAAUCACUGCCACGAUACCGUAAAAAGAAAAAAGGCCAAAAGCUUACUCCAAUAUUCCUGUUGCCAAAAUUAGAAUACCAAGCGUAUUAUGGUGUCGAAGCUCUUACAGAAAGUGAAGUGUGUCAGUUGUGGACAGAGAGUAUGUUGCAUUCUGAAUGCUUGUUUUAUAUUGGACACAUUGAUGCUUUUACAUCAAAGCUUAUUAUGCUAGAAAAGAUUUCUCCAGAAAAUUUAAGAGAAAAACUUGGAUUGAUUAAACCUGCAAAUUCAUUAAAUAUACUUCAUCAUAUUUUGAAGAAAGUGUCUGAUUUGCAGGAGGGCUCUUACUUAUUGAGUCAUGCUGCAGGAGAUUCAUCAGUUGCAAUCUACAAGAGUUCUCUUGACAAAACAAUGAGAGCAUCAUAUAACUUACAUAAAGCUCAUUGUGAUCUGCCUACUGUACCUUCCACUCUUUCAGUCCCCUGGGUGCCACUAGAUCCCAGCCUCCCUUUGCCCUAUCACCUGAGUCAUGGAAGAGUUCCAUGCACCUUUCCACCUGCACCCCAGGAAGCCACAUGGAAACAGAAGAUGACUGGGGUAAAAGGACAAUCUGACACGCCCUAUGGGGGGAAGCUGGUAGCUAUGGAAACAAAAGGCAAUCCAGUUAAGACUGUCAGAAAUGAAGGUGUGGCUAAAAAGAAGCUGAAGAAUUACUGCAAACAAAGAAUGGUGAAGAAAAAGUGGAAAAUUAAGUACAACAAAAUGCAACUGAAGUAGGAAUAGCUGAACCAUGCUGUGAUAAACAUGGCCUGGAGAAGGACAGGACAAAACAAAAAAUUGGUGACUUUCCUGCAUCUUCUAAAGAGCCAAAACAAGCUGACAGGGAACCGUUCUGUUUAACUCUUUGUUACCUCAGUGGACACAUUUCAAGUGAAAAUCUCAAAUACAAUCAGAGGGAAAAGGUGCAAUUAUCUGCAGCUGAGAUUAGGGGACAAAACUGUCUUCUCGUGAUUUUUGUGGAAAAGCUACAGCUUGAAGAAUGAAGUGACUGUUGACAGCGACAUCGAGCAUCAUGGGAGGACUAGAACAAGAACUUUUCGGCUUUCCUAAUUGUUCCAGAGCCACUACAGAUGGUUAUUCUGACUUAUAUUAAAAUUAUAUUUUACUUUAUAUAGUGUGCAUAAAGGGAACAACUUGGAUUUGAUUACUUAAUCAUUUUAACACACAAUGUCUACCAAUUCUUGAAUUACUUAUGGAAAUACAUUUUCUUUUAAGGAUAUUGUAGCAAAUGAGGUUUGGGGAACAAAAGCAGUGUUUAUUUAAAUAGUACAUGCCAUAAAUUUGCACUAGGAAGCCUAAGAAUAUAGUUAAACAGGAAAAAUGUAUUUUGUUUAUACUUCUCCAGAACAAUUGUUUGGAUUUUGGUGUGUCGCCAAAAAUUAAUAUUGAUAUAAUUUAUUGUAUCACUGAAUGGCUACUGUUAUUUGUUGUAUUACUGAAUGGUUGCAGCCUAAAUCUCUUAUCAGAUUGCACACUGAUAUUUAGGUUUCCCUGGAGGAACAAGUGAUAGGAUCAAGGCCUUGGUCAUUGUUCAAAAGUCCAAGCAGACUAUGCUGUACAUCAGAGGUUUUCUCAAAAUUUAGAGCCAAACUGACAGAGUGAAGUCAGGAAAAGAGAAUACUUGCUGUCUAUGAAAAGGCCAAGCAAUGUGAUGAAGUGGUUUCCUAGUGAAUAAGAGUUGUGUGGAAAAAUUAAAAGUGUUUGGAGUGUUAGUAUAUAAAUACAUUAUAUUCUGUGAUGUGUUUGUAACUAAUAUGGUAGCUUGUGAGGGAAGAUUUCUCUUCCUUACGGCUAUUUUAUGAUAUGUAUUUUCAGUGUUUCGUCAAACAGAAUUUCAACAGAAACAGUCCUUGAAAUUGAGGCUUGAAAAUUAUAUUCUCUAUCAUCACUUUUGUUUUGUGCUUUCUGGAUUUCUGCCUGUAUUUUCUUUAUUAAGAGUAUUGUUUUUAAAGAAGUCACUCACUCUUUUAUAACUACA